AUAGAAGAAAUAAGUGCCUUUGAGCAUAAAAGUCUAUUGUGCUGAGACAGAAUGGAAAUGUAAUUUUGAAAAAGAAGCAUAGAAAAUUUCAGAUGUAAGGACAAACAACCUCAGGAAACUCCACCAUCUGGGCCCAGAGAGCUGUGUGGAACAGCUGGGGCAAAUGGCGAUGCCAAAUGCUGUGCAACUGUGAGACUCGGGUGCCAGUCUCUGACCUGGACACAAAGUCGCCCUUCCUCGUACCACUCUUGACUCUGUGGGUACUACCCACAGCCUAUAGUUCCACAGAGGGAGUGAGGAAAGAGAUCCAGGACUGCCACUUUCCUGACACAGUGGCAUUGGGAUUCUAGAUGGUUGAUUCAUUUUUGGAGCCUCCCGCCCUCCCUGUAGCUGCCACCUUCACCUCGGUCCCCACUAAUACCACCUAGUAACCCCCAGCUUCAGAGAGGGACAGCUGGCCAAAGUCCAGCUGUGACAGACUCACUGCAGAAAGCCGGACCCACCCCUUCCAGCCAUGGUCUGGCUUUCUCUCAAGAUUGUGUUGGCGGGAGUGACUUUCUUGGGGUGCCUUUAUCCUCUGGUCGACUUUGGCUUCCCUGGACACAUACGAGGACCAGCCCCAAAUUUUGUGAUCAUUUUGGCUGAUGACUUAGGUUGGGGGGACCUGGGAGCCAACUGGGCAGAGACGAAGGUCACAGAGCACCUGGAUCGCAUGGCUGCAGAAGGGAUGAGGUUUGUGGAUUUCCACUCGGCUGCCUCCACCUGCUCCCCAUCCCGAGCCUCCUUGCUCACGGGCCGGCUGGGCCUACGCAAUGGCGUCACACACAACUUCGCACCCACCUCGGUGGGUGGCCUCCCACUCAACGAGACCACGCUGGCUGACGUGCUUCAGCAGGCUGGUUACAUCACGGGCAUGAUAGGCAAAUGGCAUCUUGGGCACUGUGGCUUCUAUCACCCCAACUUUCGCGGUUUCAAUUAUUACUUUGGAAUCCCAUACAGCCAUGAUAUGGGGUGCACGGAUACCCCUGGUUACAACCACCCUCCAUGUCCAGCAUGUCCACAGAGUGAUGGUGCACCCAGGAACUCUCACAGGGACUGUUACACAGAUCUGGCCCUGCCUCUGUAUGAAAACCUCAACAUUGUGGAGCAGCCGGUGGACCUUAGCAGCCUGGCUCAGAGAUACACUGAGAAGGCAAGCCAGUUCAUCCAGGAGGCCAGUGCCCUCGGAAAGCCCUUCCUGCUCUACGUGGCCUUGGCUCAUAUGCACGUACCCUUACCCAGACCCCAGAACUUGGCCAUCUCUGGGGACCUAGGGCCCUAUGCGGCGGGCCUCCGGGACAUGGACAGCCUGGUGGGCCAGAUCAAGGACGAAGUUGACCGCACAGCCAAAGGAAACACACUGCUGUGGUUUGCAGGAGACAAUGGCCCGUGGGCUCAGAAGUGUGAGCUGGCUGGCAGUGUGGGCCCUUUCACAGGAUCAUGGCAAACUCACCAAGGGGGCAGUUCAGCCAAGCAGACCACUUGGGAAGGGGGCCACCGGGUCCCCUCCCUGGCUUACUGGCCUGGCACCAUCCCCAGCAAUGUCACCAGCACGGCCUUGUUAAGUGUGCUGGACAUACUCCCCACCGUGGUGGCCCUGGCCGGGGCCCGUUUACCUGUUGGUCGGCGCUUGGAUGGGCUGGAUAUGUCCGAGGUGCUGUUAGGCCGGUCGCAGCAGGGACACAAGGUGUUGUUCCAUCCUAAUAGCGGGGCAGCGGGUGUGUUUGGAGCCCUCCAGACUGUGCGCCUGGAACAUUACAAGGCAUUUUACAUCACUGGUGGAGCUCAGACCUGCGAUGGGAGCAUCGGGCCUGAGCAGCAGCAGGAGCCACCCCUGAUCUUCAGUGUCCUCGACGACCCCACAGAGGCUGCGCCCCUGGACAGCAGAGGUGCCGAGUUCCAGCGCGUGCUGCCCUGGGUAGCUGCGGCCCUCGCAGGGGUUCUGCAGGACAUUGCAGAUGACAACACUUCCAGAGCCGAUUACUCGCAGGACCCCUCGGCCGCCCCUUGCUGCGACCCCCACGGGGCUGCCUGCCGCUGUCCCUCUACACCGAAGCAUCUGUGGAGCAUCUCUCCAUCCAAGUAGCCUCUGGGUGCGCUUUCAAAGCAUGUCCCAGGGCUAUUAAUAGUGCAGAGGGAGGGCCGGAGUGGUGGCACAGCAGUAGGGCGUUUGCCUUGCAC